UCACAAUAAGUUCUCCCUACAAGCACUACACUUUUUCUCAACUUUUCCACAUACUUUUUGUCACACAUUUGGUUGAGCACUAUUCUAAAAACCAACAAAGGCCACAGUGAAUCGAUCUGAUAGUUAUGUGUAUAUACAAAAAAAAUCGUAAAUCCAAAACAAGAAACAAGAAGCGAAGAAAACCAAAGUUCCUAAGUCUUAGUCUUGAGCUUUCAGAUAAAAAAUCUCAACCGUCGGAUCAUAUGGUCGCUUCAUCAUCUAACGGUAGCAACCAUGAUCAUCAUGAGGGUUCUCAUCAGCUCAAUCUCUUCCCUUUGCAUCCAGAAAAUUUGGUGGAUGACAAAGAUAGUACUGCCCAUGAUGAAAACGUAGCACUCUUCUUUUCUGGAGCUGAAAACAGUGCUACUACUCUUAACGAACUUCUCGUUUCUCCCAAGGAUGAAAUUGACAGCAACAUAAGUACUAGUGUUCCGAAUUACAUGACUGUUUCGUCGGAGGAGGCGAGCUUGACAUUUGCCGACACUUACAGGGGACAACAAGGUGAGCUUGUACGGACGGCUUUGAGAAACAAAGAGAGGGAUCACAGGGAGGAAGAGAAAUGGGUGGUUUACUCAGACGUUGUUGAGUUCGAUCAACAUAGUGAGACGAGGAAGGACGAGGAAGUUAGCAGUUGUCCGAGGAACAAACAUCAUCAUCAGCAACAACAACAACAACAAUUGUCACUAAAGCUUGAUUAUGACGAAAUACUGAAUGCUUGGUCCGAUAAGGGUUCGCUCUAUCUUCAGGCUGAGUCUCCUCAGAUCGUUCCGGAUAUCCAAGACGACUUUCUCGCCUACGAAACGCCUUUCUCACCCCACGGGCUAAUGGGAAGCAGUGCAGUUCUGUAUAGAGUACCAGAAGGUAUGGGAAGUGAACAAAGUGAAAGUAUACAAAUAGAGGGUGAUUUGAAUUUGAAGGCUGGAAGAAGGGAGGCGAGUGUAAUGAGGUACAAAGAGAAGAGACAGAACAGGCUCUUCUCUAAAACUAUCCGCUAUCAAGUUCGCAAGCUCAACGCUGAAAAGCGCCCUCGCGUUAAGGGGAGAUUUGUUAAGAGGGAUUGAAGUGUGUUUUACCUCAAUUGGAGCAGUUAAAUAUGAUGCAAUGAAAAGCAGUAUGUGUGUUGUAGUUUUUAUAUAUCUUGAUAUAUACUGUUAAAAGGAGAAGCAUGUCCAAAGGAAUUCUUGUCAAUCGAUGAAUAAAAUUGUAAAAGCUCUA